ACUUUCCCUAGUAACCCACAUGGAAACCGAGUUCCCUGUGUUUUGAGUUUCGGCGCCGGCUGUGGCGGUUUAAAAUAAUCAAACGGGAAAUCAGGUUUUUAUUGGUGUGAAGGAAAACUAGCGACUUCUACAUUGCACAUAAACCCAAAUAACACAGCUAUGAAGAUAGAGGAGGUAAAAAGUACCACGAAAACCCAAAGGAUCGCCUCACACAGUCACGUUAAAGGACUGGGGCUAGACGAGGCCGGAAAUGCUAAACAGACAGCAUGUGGACUGGUCGGGCAGGAGACUGCAAGAGAGGCCUGUGGAAUCAUUGUUGAGAUGAUCCGCUCAAAAAAGAUGGCAGGAAGAGCAAUUUUGUUGGCAGGACCCCCAGGAACAGGAAAGACUGCCCUCGCUUUAGCUAUGGCACAGGAGUUGGGAAACAAGGUUCCUUUCUGUCCCAUGGUUGGCAGUGAAGUGUACUCAUCUGAAAUUAAAAAAACAGAAGUACUUAUGGAGAAUUUCAGGAGAGCAAUUGGUCUGCGCAUCAAAGAAACAAAGGAGGUGUAUGAAGGGGAGGUGACAGAGCUGACCCCGUGUGAGACAGAGAAUCCUAUGGGUGGGUACGGAAAAACCAUCAGCCACGUCAUCAUCGGUCUGAAGACGGCCAAAGGCACCAAGCAGCUCAAGUUGGAUCCCAGCAUUUAUGAAAGUCUUCAGAAAGAGCGUGUGGAAGUGGGAGACGUCAUCUACAUCGAAGCUAACAGUGGUGCUGUCAAGAGGCAAGGCCGCUGUGACACCUUUGCGACGGAGUUCGACCUUGAGGCUGAGGAGUACGUCCCACUUCCCAAAGGCGACGUCCACAAGAAGAAGGAGAUAGUCCAAGAUGUCACACUGCACGACCUAGAUAUUGCAAAUGCCCGGCCACAGGGCGGUCAGGACAUUCUCUCUAUGAUGGGACAGCUGAUGAAGCCCAAAAAGACAGAAAUCACAGAUAAACUUCGAGCCGAGAUCAACAAGGUGGUGAACCGCUACAUAGACCAAGGCGUGGCCGAGCUCGUCCCCGGCGUCCUGUUUGUGGACGAGGUGCACAUGCUGGACAUCGAGUGCUUCACUUACCUCCAUCGAGCUCUGGAGAGCAGCAUCGCCCCGAUCGUUGUGUUCGCCUCCAACAGAGGAAAAUGUCUGAUCAGGGGGACAGAGGACAUCAGCUCUCCACAUGGCAUCCCUCUGGAUCUACUGGACAGGGUGAUGAUAAUCCGCACCAUGCUGUACACGCCGCAGGAGAUGAAGCAGAUCAUCAAGAUCCGCGCUCAGACCGAGGGGAUCAGCAUCAGCGAGGAGGCCCUCACACACCUGGCAGAGAUCGGCACCAAAACAACCCUCAGGUAUGCUGUGCAGCUGCUGACCCCAGCCAGCCUGCUGGGCCGCGUUCAGGGAAAAGAGACCGUGGAGAGGGAGCAGGUCGAGGAGAUUAACGAAUUGUUCUACGACGCCAAGUCGUCAGCCAAAAUCCUCCAAGACCAGCAGCACAAGUUUAUGAAAUAAAAACCCCACAGGAAGAUGCUCCACUUCCUC